AUGGGAAUAUACAUGAACUCGUACGCGGAAGAACGAUCCACGCGCAGGAAAGCAGAUAAGAUAAUAGCGUCGAACGUGACACAGCAGAUCCAUCAUGUAUCACGGGAGAAACGAGGAGAGUCUUACGGUAGAUUCAAAGGAUUUCGUGGCUGUACCAUUUGGUUAACGGGACUGUCCGGCGCUGGAAAGACGUCGAUCUCCUUUCAGCUCGAGAAUUAUCUCAUCUCGCAGGGGAUACCAGCGUACAGCCUGGACGGCGACAACGUCCGCCGUGGGCUGAAUCGCAAUCUGGGCUUUACGAAAGAGGACCGCGAGGAGAACGUGCGCAGAGCCGCAGAGGUCGCUAAACUGUUCUCCGACUGCGGUGUGAUCGCGAUCUGCAGCUUCGUGUCGCCUUUCGAGGCUGACAGGAGGCUGGCAAGGAAGAUCCUCGAGGAGUACGAGCUCAGGUUCUUCGAGGUCUACGUGGAAGCUUCGCUGGCCAUCUGCGAGGCGAGGGACGUGAAAGGGCUGUACAAGAAGGCUCGGAAAGGGGUGAUACCGAGCUUCACAGGGGUCGGCCAGCAGUACGAAGUACCCAGUCAGCCGGAUCUGAUAGUGAACACGGAGAUCCACAGCGUGGAGAAAUCGACGAACAUGGUGAUAAAUCUUUUGGAGAGGGAGGAGAUCGUCCCCAAGAUACCCAGAGGCGUGGAGGAGCUUUUCGUUGGCAGCGAGAGGGUCGACAGCGUCAGACAGGAGGCGGAGGGUCUUCUCAGUAUCGACAUCAAUGACAUCGACUUGCAAUGGGUCCAAGUGCUCGCCGAGGGCUGGGCAAACCCUUUAAGGGGUUUCAUGAGGGAAAACGAGUACCUGCAGGUAGAGAAUGAUUAUUCGAAAGGGUUACAAGGAAAUACAAUAUAUAUGUAAUCAACAAAUGGAACGUUACAGUGUCAACACUUCAAGAUACUGGAGAGAAACGGGGGUGUCGCUAAUCAAUCGGUACCCAUCGUGCUUCCGGUGACAACGGCGCAGAAGGAAAGAUGCAGCGGUGCAUCGGCGAUUACCUUGAAACACCGUGGCAGACCUAUCGCGAUUCUAAGAGAUCCCGAAUUCUUUGCUCACCGAAAAGAAGAAAGGUGUUCCAGGGAAUUUGGAACAAACGAUCCUGGCCACCCGCACGUUAGAAUGAUCCAAAACUCGGGCGACUGGCUAGUCGGAGGUGAACUGGAAGUUCUCGAGAGAAUAAGGUGGAACGAUGGCCUGGACGCAUACAGGCUCACCCCGAAUGAGAUACGGAGGAAAUGCAAGGAAAUGGGGGCAGACGUAAUGUUCGCUUUUCAACUGAGGAACCCAGUGCACAAUGGCCAUGCGUUAUUAAUGCAGGACACGAGGAAGUACCUUGUGGAGGAACGAGGUUUCAAAAAGCCGGUGCUUCUGUUGCAUCCUCUGGGAGGAUGGACGAAGGAGGAUGACGUGCCGUUGCCAAUACGGAUAAAGCAACACGAGUCCGUCCUGGAAGAAGGCGUGUUACACCCGGACACCAUUCUCGCCGUCUUUCCCAGUCCUAUGUUGUACGCGGGACCCACAGAGGUGCAAUGGCACGCCAAAGCGAGAAUGAUGGCCGGGGCAGAUUUCUACAUCGUUGGUCGUGAUCCGGCUGGUCUACCGCAUCCCGACAAGUCGAAAACACCGGACGGCAACCUGUACGAUGCGACACACGGGUCCAGAGUGUUGUCGAUGGCGCCUGGUCUCCAGAACCUGGAGAUAAUCCCGUUCAGAGUGGCUGCUUACGACAACAGGGCGAAGAAAAUGGCGUUCUUCGAGCAGGAACGGUCUCAGGACUUCAGUUUCAUAUCGGGAACUAAAAUGCGAGAAUUAGCGAGAUCCGGGGAAAAUCCACCGGAAGGAUUCAUGGCGCCCGGCGCCUGGCGAGUAAUGGCGGACUAUUACGAGAAGAAACAGAGCAACGCAAACACCGAGCAACGCAACACCAAACACACACACACGUAA